UAGUAUUUUGGGAUCAUAUUACUCUCACUCAGGGAUCAUAGCUUUCACAACCUCAAGCAAGCAAAGGCAAACAGAUCCCCAUUCAAUGCUACUCAGAAGCUCAUCAACACCACUUGUUCAGUCCCUCUUCUCAGACACUCCAACCACCGCCGCCACCACCAGACUCUCCUCCGUCCACGGUGGUCAUCAUCAUCAUCAUCAUCCCCACCACCUCUGUCUCACCUCAUUCUCUUGCAAUUCAUCACCAAUCUCUCCCUCCUCUUCUGGGUCCUCCGAUUUCAAUCGAAAAACAAACAAACUUACCCACAAAGCCUUUCGGAGAGCUCGAUCCGAUGGCAAUUUAGAAGGGCUAGCCUCAACUUCUUUUGAUCUAGGAAAGUUGUGUAAUUCGAAUAAGUCUUCAAUGUUGCGAGCUCCAUCGUUCUCUAUUUAUGCUUCGAAUGAUGGGUCUGAUGAAGAAAAUGGUGAGAAAGAAGGGUUAGAGAGGAUUGAAGUGCUGGGUAGUGGUGAAUUCAGUUUUAGGAAAAAGGGUAUGGGUUUGAUUGAGGAGAAUGAUGGUGAAGAAGAAGAUGAAGAAGUUUUGAAUGAAUUUCAGGAUUUGGGUAUUGGAGAGGUUAUUGAACCAGCUAGUCCUCCAAUGUAUCUUGCCACAGGUCUUGGGAUUGGUGGUGCCAGUGCCGGUGCCGGUACCGGUACCGGCGGAGGUGGUGGCAAUGUUGAGGAGUAUUACAAGAGGAUGGUUGGUGAAGAUCCUUCCAACCCUUUGUUCUUGAGGAAUUAUGCUCAACUUUUGCAGUCUAAGGGAGACCUUCAUGGAGCCAAGGAAUACUACUUCCAAGCUACAUUAGCAGAUCCUAAAGAUGGUGAAAUUUUGCUGUUAUAUGCUAAAUUGGUGUGGAAGCUCCGUCAAGACCAAGACACAGCCUUGAAUUACUUUGAGCGGGCAGCUCAAGCUGCCCCUGAAGAUAGCCACGUUUUGGCAGCCUAUGCUUGUUUUCUCUGGGAAAUAGAGGAAAACAAAGAAGAUUGUUCUGUGAAUGAUCAUACUCAGAUUGAAGAAGAUAAAGCUCCCGUUGAAGUUCAGAAGACACCUUUCGAAGAAGAAAAAGAGCCAGUUAGCCCAUCAUUACAUCUUGCGAUAGGGGUGGGGAUUGCCGUAGCUGUUUUUGGAGGCAUUGAUGGUGUUGAUUGUAUUGCAGCAGAUUUUGGCAAAGGUGGAAGCAUGGAGGAUUAUUACAAGAGGAUGGUAGAGGAAAACCCUAGCAACCCUUUGUUCCUGAGAAAUUAUGCUCAGUUCCUUUAUCAGUCCAAGCGAGACCUUCAAGGAGCUGAGCAAUACUACUCGCGUGCAGUACUUGCUGAUCCUGCUGAUGGAGAAAUAAUUUCGCAAUAUGCUAAGUUGGUGUGGGAACUUCAUCAUGACCAAGAUAAAGCAAUGUCUUACUUUGAGAGAGCAAUCCAAGCUACACCAGAGCACAGCCACGUUCUUGCCGCAUAUGCUAAUUUCCUCUGGCAAACAGAAGAGGACGAGGAGGAAGAUGGUGCAGCGCAAGAUCACAUUCAAGCACCACUUCUUCUGGGAGCAAUGACUGCUGCAAAUGUCUAACUUUUACAUUGCAGACAGAUUAACAGCUCAGUCACAAAUGUAAUGUUUCAUAAGUAUGCAAAUUUUCCUAGAAAUAAGCUCAAAUUUUCCUAGAAACAAGCACAAUGUGCAAAUUUUCCUAGUGAUUUCAAUUGAGGUAAUAAAAAAUUUCCCAGUAGGUGUUCUGAUCUGUUUUCACAUUUGUUGGACAAAACCAUUCAUAUGUUAUUAGAAGCUGAAAUCUUAUUAAAAUAUAUCAUAUUUCUGACUUCCUACA